AUGCGUUACAAUUUUACAUUUGAACCGGACCGGCAGGCCAGCGUUACGCGUUACCGGUUGUUGGUCGUGCCAGUACACCAAACAAAUCACGACAUAAAAACGAAGGGUCAGCUCAAGGCUUUGUCGAAAGGCCAGGCUGUACGCCAAUCUGCCAAAGCGUCGCAAAACCUCAGAGUGCCGCAGCGCAGCUCCGCGCGGACCGACGCAUCCAGUCAAAACAUUUGCGAGCGAAAAAGCAAGCUGAGAUUGUUGAGGCGGGUCGGGUUUUUCUGGUCCCGAUGCGGCUCCCAGGGUGGUAGCAAUCAUCCCUUUGUGAGGAUGUCAAUGCUGUGCCUUAUUGAGCCCAUUGGACUUGGGGGAAGAAAUUCUCGGAGAAAUACCGCAAAUUGGCUUGUGGAAAGUGAAGUAAAGCAUCCGAUGUUUAUUCCCUUGUUCGUCGUCGCUAACAUGUCCCCCAAGAAUUCCUCGAUUCAAAACGUCCCUUCAAACCUGGAUGAUUGGGGUGACACUCUACUUCGAAGCUUGCAAGCCCAGGGCUUGCCCACAGUUGUAACUGUUGCUGCCGAUUCGUCGUCCACAACACCCUCGUCAUCCUUCAAGAAGGACCGUUCCCCCAUUAUGAAAUCCCUCCUUUCUUUUAUUCAAUACUUCUUCCCAUCUCAGCACCGCGUACAUGACCUUGGUCCCGUCUGCAUUCCCUCUGAAAAUUCUUUAUUGUCUUCCCUCCACCAGAAUGAAUGCCUCAAUGCGCUCCGCAGUCUAUGCGAGGGUCUGCCAGCGAACGCGAGGUGGCGAGAUGGUCGAAUGCGGCUUGUUGCGGAUGCCAACGAAGGGUAUGGCUCCAUUCCUUCACUAUCCUGGGAGCCAAAUUUGCAAAAGACAGGUGCAGCCGAACACGAUGACGGGGAGCCACGUGGGACUCUGAGUGUAAUUGGGACCAUCCGAGGUGCACCACUUUCCGCUAAUCAUUUGAUACAUAUUCCCAAUUAUGACGACUUCCUGAUCGCCAUUUCCUCCACUCAGCGGGGGAAGAAGGCGACUACAAACUCCCAGGAGCCUGAAGAACUGACAAUCCUCGCACAACUGUCUUCCACCACUCUCUCUGACUCUACCAGGCUCGGCAGCGGCAGGAACAUAGACAAAGUUGCCACUUCCUCUCCCACGACCGACAUACUCAGUACCCUUGAUCACUCCAAUCGGCUCGCCACUCCUUCCCCUCCGCCCCGUGUCUCCGAACUCGAGGCCACACAGUACUACUGGGGGCUUCAUUCCAACCCCUGGCUGAUUGCUCGCACUGGCGGGCCGUGGUACCCGCCCUCUGGCCCGGAGGCGUACCCUAGGGCUAAGGAGCUUCGUAUCCUAGGAGAACACGAGCUCUUCGAUGUCUGGGAGGAUGACCUUGCCCUCAAGGUGCACAACAUCCUCAACCAGAAUCAGGUCAACUGGUCAAGUACUGAGAUUGUCCGGAUCGCCUACCUCGACGAGCCUGACGGAAAUCUUAUCCUAUGGAUAGGCGUUUACUCUACUCCCACCCGCCUCUCCUACGAUGUCGGGAUCGAGGUUGCUGUCCAGUGCAAGCGCCUCCUACUCGACUACAGUAUCCAGGGUGUUGACGUUGAGCUGCGCGAAUCCGACUUCGUCCAAUUCGCCGGUCCCGCACUCCUUAAGCCCACCGACAUCAUCGAUCCCACGGCAAUCGUACGCGAGCCCUUCACUACCACCCUCGGCAUGAAUAUCUGUGCUGAGAGCACCCCCUGGGCUGAAGGGACGGUUGGGUUCUUCAUGGCAGUCAACGGCAUCGACAAGCUUUACGGGGUCACUGCCCGUCAUGUUCUCUUCCCUCGGGCGGAGAAUAAAGACUUCGAGCGCAUCAAUGAUAGUCUGCCCCGCCACAACGUGCAACUCCUCAGUGAAGCGGCAUUCCAAGAGCAUCUCGCCCUCAUCCAGCAAGAGAUCGACAGCCAGAACAUCAUUAUCGCUAGCCAAGAGAACCGUAUGGCGGGGGUAGCAGGUCGGGAAGACGCCGAGUCUCGGGCGAUACAUGAAGAUGCCGGGGAUGAGAAGAGGAAAGCGGAGAGGAGGAAGCAGCGUCUCACAACGUUCCUCCAGGAGAUCAAACGGCAAUGGUCCUCUCCCAAGAAUCGUAUUCUUGGCCAUGUUAAGUUUUCUCCCAAAAUUGUCGCCGGUGCUGGCAACCCCGAGCAGCAGUUCACCCAAGAUAUUGCUGUCUUCGAGGUUGAAUCCUCCAAGGUCACCCCUUCCCACUUUCCCGGAAAUUUCAUUGAUCUUGGAACGAAGUACUCGGAUGUUGAGCUCACCCGGAAGAUGUAUCCCAACCCAGUGAACUCUCACCAUUUUACCUGGCCAGGCAAUCGCCUUCUCAAGCUCUGGGGUACCAUCCCCAUGGAGGAAAUGCGCAAGCCAACAAUGCUAGAUCAGAAUGGUGACCCCUGUAUCACAGUCCUGAAGCAGGGUAGGACAACAAAUGUGACUGUGGGUAAAGUGCUUAGGGUCAUUGCAUAUGUCCGCAAGUACUUCACUGAGCAUGACAUUGCCAUGUCCAAAGAGUUGGCAGUUAUCCCCUUGGACAAGGAAUCUGGCCCCUUUUCUGCCAAAGGAGAUUCUGGUGCUGUUGUAGUUGAUGGCAUGGGCCGCAUUGCAGGUAUUCUCACUGGUGGUGGUGGGGCCACCGACUGCUCUGAUGUGACCUAUGUCACCCCCAUACACUUUGUUUUGGAGGUCAUCCACCAGUGCAAAGCCCUUGCCAAUGCCUUCAUCAAGAAUGCCCAGCCCACCUAG